UUCUACGUGCCUCUCUCCCACACAACUGUGGACAAUUCUUUGUGUUCUUUAAUUUUUCUUUUCUUUUUCUUUUUUUCGUCGAAUUCACUCUCGAUUCAGUAAAGCCUAGGAACCGCAACUUCUUCUUCCACCAUGGCCGCCAACGUCAACAGGCCAGUCGACAUCAAGCAGAAGGAGAAUGAUAUCAACCGCAAGCUCCAGAUCUACGGCAUUUUCAAUGCAUUCAAAAAUGGCAAAACCCCUUCUAACGAACAAAUCGACGUUGCCUUGAACAGCUUUCUGGAGUCCAGGGCCCUCGGCAGCCCUUCCAACAAGCUCUCCGACGAUGGAAAGCUGUUGGUGGAGGAUGCGAGGGAGGUUAUCAAGCUUACCAAGCAGCUUCUGCUGUCCAAGAAUCACGGCAACUUGAUUCAGGACUUCAUUUGGCAGACUACACACUACGAUACCAAGGGCGUCAAAUCCCCAAAUUCUUCAUUGACCAAGGACGCUGCCACACGGGAUAAGGAUGAUGCUCUUGAGGGGCUGAGAACUCUAGGCACUUUGCUCAUCACAAAUGGCCAGUUCCGAAAGCUGCUUCAAGAUGCGUCGAUUCUACUGCGUGACAUGAUUGGGGACGGCGCUAUGAACGCUGCGAACAAGAUUCGUCCCUCUGAUGAACAACUUGGCCAGAUGGACGAAGCUGCUCCCGACAACACAUGGCAUGAGAAGCCUGAUCUCUCUAAAGAAGGUUUCAAAAACCAAGCGCGAACACUCUACAAAGGAGAUGUGAAAAAAGAUGCUCAAGAUGUUGUCGCCGCUGCCGCCCUUGGAGAUGCAGCAGUCACCCAAUCUGGUACAACUCCUCAAGCGAGAGCGGCGCCUCAAGCUGGAGCAGCACCUCAAGUGGGAGCAGCACCUCAAGUGGGAGCAGCACCUCAAGCGGGAGCGGUGCCUCCGGUCGCCGCGGCGCCUCAAAUAGGAGCAUUGCCUCCGGUGGGAACGGUGCCCCAGGAUCGUGUCAUUAAUACCACUCAGCUCAGCCAAAACACUUCUGCCGACGCAGCCAAGGCAGUGGUGAAUGAGAAGUUGGAUCAAAAUCUAGACGAUGAGACUCAGGAGAAGGCCAAGGCGCGGAAUGAGGAGUACCGUCGCAGAGCCAGAGAGUACCUGAAGAAGAAGAUGCCUCAAGAGCGCAGAGAUCAGGUUGUCUUUCGUCUCAAAAAGAUCGUGCUCGAAUGCCAGCAGCACCCCGACUACAUGCAGGCCGUGCAGACUCUUCUUCGGCUAGCCGAAGAAUACGGUCGGCAUGGGCGCAACUAUGGAAGAGGUUCUGCUGAUUCUGCCAAAGACGUUCGAACUGGGCUUUCUGCGGCCGAGGAAGAUUUGCGCACUUUGAUUGAGCGCUUCGCCAAUGGCACUUCCACCGAAGAUUUGUGGCAGUCAAUUAGCCAGAUCUACAAAGAUGCUGAUCAAGACCAAGAACUCAGUGAUUGGUUCAAGCGAGUCGAUACCUACAUCCGGAAAUGCCUCUUGGAACAAGGCUAUGUUCUCGAGGACGAGUCUACUGACGAAUGGAAUCGGCUCUACGACAAGGGCCGAUAUUUGCUUCGUGAGAAGUACCGUAGCCACACGGACCGUGUCAUUGACGAAGUCAGGUUUAUUGUGGAUCAGUUCGAGCAAGACCCUCAAAACAAGGCAUUUGGUGUUGCCGUCCAGAAGCUUUUCAAGGAUUUGGGCAAUGACGAGCACGGAAAGCCUGCAUUCAAGCCUCAUCUCGUCAAGGAUCUGACAGAAGUCAUCAUCCCUGCCAUCUUCGAGAACAUUGCAUAUGUUCCGAUCCCACGCAUCGAGUACUCUGAUCCCCAGGUCGAUGCCGUCAUUGAGAAUUUGGUGCUCGAGAGCGACAACUUUAUGCCCAACGUUCUCGAGGUUGCCAGUGACAAUUAUUUCCGCUGGGGACGCAAGAAGUUUGCAAACAAACACAAGAAUAGCGUGGAUAUCAAGGUCACUGGUAUCCAGAUGGAUCUCCGAGAUGUCAGCUAUUAUAUCAACCGCAAGAAAGGAUUUCCUUCCAUCACUGAUACCGGGGUGCUCGAUCUGGUGCUCCCUGGCGAAGGCUUCUCUUUCAGGUUGAAGGUAUCUACUCCGGAAAAGAAGGAUGCUGAGCACGUGUUCAAGGUGGAAAAGGUAGACGUUAACGUCCGGGGCCUAAAACUCAAAGUUAAGAAGUCGAACCACAAGCUCCUAUUCAGUCUCUUUAAACCACUUGCACUCAAGGCUAUUCGCCCUGGGCUGCAAAAGGCAAUCGAGAAGGCCAUCAAGGACCAGUGCAAUCAGGCCGAUCAAUUCCUCUACCAGGUCAAGCAAGAGGCCGACCGUGCCGUCGAAGAGGCCAAGGAUAACCCCGAGGAGGCCCCCAACAUUUACAUGCGAUACUACAAUGCCACUCAGAAGAGAAUCCUGCAAGGCAAGGAGAAGGCAAAGGCUUUCGUUCAAGACAAGAAGGUCAAUAUCGCCGUGACAAAGCAGGACAGCAUCUUCCCUGACAUCCACUUGCCUGGCGGCAUCAGCUCCAAGGCCACUGAAUACAAGGAGCUCGCUGCCAAGGGCGACAAGUGGGAGAGCCCCGUCUUCUCCAUUGGUGAUGCCAAGAAGAGCACCGACAUCCCCAGCGUGCCCCGAAUCGAGAGGAAGGCUCAUGCCGUCUCGGGUGGACAUACAAAUGGCAAUGUAAAUGGCAAUGUCCACAGCAACUUGAAUGGCAAUUUCAAUGCCAAUGGCUUGGCCAACGGCAAAGGCCUGGCCGUGGCCGGCGAAGGCUCCAACGGCGGUCCUCUCGGCGGACAUGUUCCCGCUGCUUACUAGGGAUGCAGCGGUGGGCUUAUUUCGAGGUUGAAGAAAAAGGACAGUGAACGAUCAGUUGGGAGUGCAGAUGUGGAAAUUCUAUACCCGCUAGGACAGGCGUGAUGUUGCUUUCUUUCUUUCUCUAUUUUAUCCUUUUGCUUUCUUUCUAUGGUUUCCCGCUUGUAUGGGACC